AUGUCUGAUCCACUGAUGCAAAAAUUUUGCUGCAACCCUAACAGUUCUUCGAUAUCUACACUCAUUCAUUUUAAUUCGGGUUUAUACAACAUUAUUUGUUUGGUUUCUUCGCUAGCAGGCAUAAGCGGGGCAGUCUACCAAAUGCUGCCGAGGCACGAGACAUGGCUUUCUCUGCAAUGGUUCUCGCUGACUUCCUUACGAGGCAGGCAGAUCAUAAUAUGGUUAGCACUGGGCGAUCUCUUCGCUUCUCUAGGUGUAUUUUUACGAUGUUCAUCGAAACUAAUCGACUAUUUCGCCUAUGGUGAAACUGGAAAUGGAGAUUCGGAAAAUGCUGAUUAUAACAUUGUUUACUGCACCAUUUUAGUGAUGUGGACCCAGUACUUCUACGCAGUGACUUGGUGCUGGACCCUGUGCUACGCGGCCGAUACCUGGCUGGCGGUCCAGAAGAGAGCUGGGUACCCCUGGCUAUACCAGUGCGUGGCCUGGCUGCUUCCUGCGGUCCUCCAAGUUUCUAUCUACCUCUCCACAGGCGGCGGGUGUGAGCGGGAGGAGACCAGCCAGCUUACUAACUACAGCCUGGUAGCAGUGGUGAUGGUAUCUUCCCCUAUCCUGUUCUGCCUGGCAGUGCGGCACCUCCACGUCCUGGCGAUGUCCUGUCUUGGCCAACUGACCAACAAGGAGAGGUCUGUCAUCAGGUCUGUUCGUCUCAGGUUUGGCCUCAUCGUGCUUGCCUUCUAUGUCUGCUGGCUGCCCAACCUGUUGCAUGGCCUCCUUCUAGCAAUGUGGCCAAGGAGUCCUGCCUGUUUUCAAAUAACCUUAUGGUAUCUGAUGGCAGUGUUGAACCCACUUCAGGCCCUGUUCAAUUCGGCAGUCUACAGGCGGCCUAACUUAAAGCUGGUGACUCCCUUCAAGAACAGUCGAUCGGAAAUGAGUGAGACCACUCCACUGGUUCAGGCAAACAUCAACUUAAGUGAUCAUCUUCUGUCGUAG